AUGGGACGCCCCCCGGCGUAUAUCUUCGUCGUUAGGCAUGGCAACCGCCUUGACGCCGCCGACAAACAGUGGCAUAUUUCCUCUCCCACCCCGUACGAUCCGCCGCUUACCUACGGAGGAUGGCUGCAGUCCAAAAUUCUCGGCGCACGAAUAGCAUCAAUACUGCGAGAGCGGGAGGUCCAAGGCGAGGCUGACGAGGAAGCGGAAGGGCCGGAUAAGAACGCCACGAAGCCGAGCAAGGCGCGCCGCUAUCGAGUCAUCAUCCACAGCUCACCGUUUCUUCGGUGUCACCAGACUUCUGUAGCCAUCAGUGCCGGUUUAGCCUCGAAUCCGUCCUUACAGUCACCGUCGCUCGCGAGCGCAUCGCAACAAUUUGGACGGAUCGUCGGCCAUGCCUCGUCCUUUUCGAACGUGGCUCCGAGCCAAACGCGACCGGCCAUCUCGAUCGACGUCGAUUCCGCACAGUCCUGGCAGCAGCCUCUAAACCUCGAGAAGGCGAUCCUACGUCUAGACCCAUUCUUGGGCGAAUGGCUGUCUCCUGAUUAUUUCGAACACAUCACCCCACCGCCGAGAUCGAGCUUAAUGAUGGUGACUGCGAAGGCCGAGCUGCUGCGCAAGGAAAACUACAAUGCCUAUCCACAUUUCCAUACCCGGCCCGCGCCACCUGCUCCAAGUCAUCUCUGGAAUUCGCCACGGCUUAGUAGCCCCCUGAACAAAGUCGAAUCAGCGGAACCAGUUUCACCUUUAGAGAGUCUACCCAGCUUAGGAGAAAUCUUACGAGACGGUAAUGGGAAGACAAAUGGUUCGCCAGAUUGGAAGAGAGGUCACGGGGCAUCCUUCUCCGAUCCAGCCGUGGCUCUUGGAUAUACAGCGCCCAUCCCGUCGUAUGCGAUCUCGACUACUGAGCCUAUUCCCCAAGGAUAUGUCGCUCACGCUCGGGACGCGUGCGUAGAGGUCGAUUAUCAAUGGGACUCGACGCGAGAGGAGCUUGCCUGGGGAGAUGGUGGUUCGCUCCCUGAGGAGUGGGCUGGUAUGCAUCAGCGCUUCAGAAAGGGCUUGAAACGUCUGGUGGACUGGUAUGCGACUUCCGAUCAGCCAGGAGAGAUGGUCACCACGACGCCUACUUCUCCUCACUUCAGUUUUCGCAGUCAUUGCAAGGCAGAGAGCUGCGCUAUCGAAGACGACGAGGAUAUCGAGACUGAGAACGUGGUCAUUCUAGUAUCCCACGGCGCCGGCUGCAACGCACUUGUCGGCGGCAUCACGAACCAGCCAGUUCUCGCCGAUGUUCCUAUGUCCUCACUUACCGUGGCACGGAGGAGACCUGAGUUUGAUGACGCCGUCGAUGUGGUCGACAACAACACGAUGUCAUCUCUCGAUGAUGCAUUCACCCGGAGAAAUUUGUUGUUGUCGGAUCUUUAUGAGUUGAAGUUGUUUGCGAACACAGAUCAUCUGCAUCCUUCAGCCGGCACGACUCCCCGUAUCAGCAGGUCGGCUAGUAUCAGCGGCGUUAGUGGUGCACACGGCAGACUUACCAACUCCCUUGCCUCGGCAUUGCGAGAGAUCAACUUGGGUCCCCAAUACGGUCAGUCCUCGUCAAUCAAUCGCAGCCACUCCGUCAAUGCCUCACUUGGAAGUAUGCGAAGGUCAUCGCAUGCACCGGCCUUGAGCACCCGAUCGCCUUUAGCUACUGCUAAAGACAAAGGGGGCAUCACAGUCGGCGGCGGAGUUACGAGCUUUGCUUAUGGCACCCGAUCGCACCGAGCCGGUAGUGUCGGCCUCUGGCAACCGCAACUGGAGCCUGAAGAUGAAAAGGCGGAGGACGAACUGCCAACAAUCCUGAACUUGAGCCACGAGCAGGAAGUCAAGAAAGCACCACAGCCUACACCUGUGUUAGUGUCGGAACAGCAGAACAACUAUCCGCCAGUCUUGUCGUCGGAUACGAAGGUGAAGGAUAGUUCGGCGAUACCAACUUGGGAGCAUGAAGAAAUACAUGAAGAGAAGAACAAAUUCGAUGAGAGCUCUCGUCCCGCGAUGCGGGCUGGAGUCGGGACGAGUGGGCUCUGGGGCAGUCCGAGACCCCCCGGUGAUGCAGAGCGGCUGCGCGACUUCACGGCACAGAAGAGGCGGUGGACAGUCAACGAACGUUGA